GGCGCGGCCGCAAGCCGAGCGAAGGUGCUGCAGUUCCCUCGCUCGCGCUCCUCGGCCGUCCGCGAUGCUGCCCCUGGUCCGCAGCGCCCUGAGCCGCCUCUCGGUCCGCAGCGUCCAGCACGUCGCCAAGGGUCCGAAGCUCAAGAGAAAGAAGCCCGACUUCCACGAUAGCUACGGCACGCUCAUCCUGGUGAGCGGGACGCUCUGGUGUCUGGGCACCUGGUCCUACGCGCUCACCCACUAUGACCUGGACCACUACCUGUCCCCGGUCGGGGCGGUCCGGCCCAAGGACUGGAAGCGGCAGUGACGCGACGAGCGCGGCCCGCGUCCUUCCGAGCGACCCCAGAGUUGAGUUUGACUGUUACCGCCUCCGGCGUGGACGUUAUAGCUGGUAAAGACAUUUGCAAUAUAGACACAUACAUAUAUACGUUAAGGUAGUUUAGGAAAGUGAAGACAUUGUUUGUGGAACAGCCGGAACUGACUGCACGGUGCCCGGAGAUUUCAUGGGAAGAUCAAACACCUGGAGCACAAAAGGCACAUACGUAGUUCUCUUUAAAAUAUUAAAAGAUGCUUCAUUAUAGCUUUGCUAUUGAACAUCAGUAUAAAUAAAUUAGUUGUUUAGUAACGU